UGAUGCCCGGCCGGCUCCUGCCGAGCUCUGUCGGUGUCGGUAGCGACCCGAGUGUGGCACUGAUGGGGAAGCGGAGGAGGGCUGGGUUGGGCUAGGCCGGGCCGAUCCGGGAGCCCCCCCCGGGGGUGGCGGGGCCGAAGCGGGUACUGAGGGCUCCUGCGGCGCGGCUGCCGUCCGAGGGGCCGUGCCGGCGCUGAAGGAGCUCGGCGUGGUGGGGGCUUUGCCCGGCAGGUCGCUGGCCUUUGCCCGGCUGGGACGGGCACCUGCGUCGAUGCGGGUAAUUCGGGCUGAGGCGCCUCCGUCGGGGAGCGCGGCCGGGAGGAGCCGGGCGGAGAGGGGGCUGCCACCGAGCUUUUCUGUGAGGGGUUCUGCCCCGACACCCGAGUGUCGCCGAGGGCCUCUCGCCUAGAGGCUCAUUUCUGGAGAGGGCAGGGGCCGUCCCCGCCGAGGGCCCCGGCGUGGGCCUCCCACCAAGGGCCUGUCGUCCCCCCAGCUCGCUUCUGGCAUCCCGGCCCAAGCUUGAGUCUGGAGGAGGAGGAGGAGGGUGUGCUUGCAGCUGAAGGCUUUCCAAGACGGCUCGGGACUUUCUUUUAUAGCUCUGAAGAUAUUUGUGGUGUUGGCUGACAGCCGCCGUGUAAAGUUGGCAUGGUUUCUUAAAGUUUGUACUUCCUUUUGAAUGUCCUCCUCUAACCCUUGAGUAGGUUGGGUAUGGGCAAGAGAUUGGAAGGGAACGCAGCCAGGACAGCUGACCCAAACCUGCCAAAGGGAUAUUCCCUACCAUAUGAUGUCAUGCUCAGCAAUAAAAAAAAUGGGAUAUGUGAAGAAGAAAGCAGGAGAGGUGACUUCUAGGGUGGACAUUGUUCAGAGACUGGCUGGGGCACUGUUUUUCCUAUGGUGGAUGUACUGUUAAAUUAUGAAGGCAUUUUGAGGUCCUAAUCAACAAUGGAGGAAACGGAUAGGGAAGCAGUUGCAACGGCUGUUCAGAGAGUAGCGGGAAUGCUUCAGCGUCCUGAUCAGUUGGAUAAAGUGGAGCAGUAUCGCAGGAGGGAAGCUCGUAAGAAGGCUUCAGUAGAAGCUCGACUCAAGGCAGCAAUCCAGUCGCAGUUAGAUGGAGUACGAACAGGUUUAAGUCAACUGCACAAUGCACUGAAUGAUGUAAAGGACAUUCAGCAGUCGUUGAUAGAUGUCAAUAAGGACUGGAGACAGAGCAUCAACACCAUAGAAAACCUCAAGGAUGUUAAGGAUGCUGUAGUGCAACAUAGCCAACUGGCAGCUGCUGUAGAAAAUCUCAAGAACAUCUUUUCAGUUCCAGAGAUAGUCAGGGAGACCCAAGAUCUGAUUGAGCGAGGGGAACUUCUGCAAGCUCAUCGAAAACUGAUGGAUUUAGAGUGUUCUCGUGAUAACCUGAUGUAUGAGCAGUAUCGCAUGGACAGCAAAAACACACAUGACAUGAACCUCAUCCAUACAUACUUUGGGGAUAUGCAGAAACUUUCUGAGGAGUUGGCAAAGCAACUUUGGAUGGUGGUUCAAAGAUCUCUUGUUACAGUCCGUCGAGAUCCAACCUUGCUUGUUUCUGUUGUUAGGAUAAUUGAAAGGGAGGAGAAAAUUGACAGGCGCAUGUUAGACCGGAAAAAACAAACUGGGUUCAUACCUCCUGGCAGACCAAAGAAGUGGAAAGAAAAAAUGUUCAACAUUUUGGAAAGAACUGUGAGCACACGAAUUGAAGGCACUCAAGCAGAUACUAGAGAAUCUGACAAAAUGUGGCUUGUGCGCCAUCUAGAAAUCAUACGUAAAUAUGUCCUUGAUGACCUGCUUGUGGCUAAAACCCUGCUGGAUCAAUGUUUUCCUCCACAUUAUGACAUUUUCAACAAAUUGCUAAACAUGUACCAUCAAGCUUUGUCCACCCGCAUGCAAGAGCUUGCUGCAGAAGAUCUGGAAGCAAAUGAGAUUGUUAGCCUUCUAACUUGGGUUUUAAAUACAUACAAAAGUGCAGAGAUGAUGGGAAAUUCAGAACUGUCUCCUGAAGUGGAUGUAAAUUCUCUGAAUCCUCUGAUUUCACAAAACGUGGUAGACCAGCUUCUCAGCAAGUAUAUGUCAACACUUACUUCUAACAUCAUUGGCUGGCUACGAAAAGCACUGGAGACAGAUAAAAAAGACUGGAUAAAAGAAACUGAACCAGAAGCAGAUCAAGAUGGGUACUAUCAGACUACGCUCCCAGCUAUUGUUUUUCAGAUGUUUGAGCAGAAUCUUCAAGUGGCUGCUCAGAUAAAUGAAGAUUUGAAAACAAAGGUACUCCUUCUAUGUCUUCAACAAAUGAAUUCAUUUCUAACCAGGUACAAAGAUGAAGCACAGUUGUAUAAAGAAGAACAUCUUAAAAAUCGUCAGUAUCCUCAAUGCUAUGUUCAAUACAUGAUUGCAGUCAUCAACAACUGUCAAACCUUUAAAGAAUCUAUAAUCAGUCUGAAAAGAAAAUACUUGAAAAUGGAAAUGGAAGACACGUUGUCAAGCAGUCACACAAGCAUGGAUGCAACUUUAGACGUCAUUGCCAAAGAAGGAUGCUCUAGCCUGCUAGAUGAAGUCUUCAUGGAUUUAGAGCCACAUCUCAAUGAGCUGAUGACAAAGAAGUGGUUGAUGGGGUCUAAUGCAGUGGGGACUAUCUGUGUCACUGUAGAGGAUUAUUUCAAUGACUUUGCAAAAAUAAAAAAGCCUUAUAAAAAGACAAUGACUGUUGAGGCCCAUCGGAGAGUUGUUGUGGAAUACAUCAGAGCAAUCAUGUUAAAACGUAUAUCUUUCAAGAAUGCAGAAGAGAGAAAAGAGGGUGCAGAAAAAAUGAUCAAAGAAGCAGAACAGUUCAGAUUUCUGUUUAAGAAGCUUGCGGCUGGUUCUGGAGAGGACACUGAAGGACUCUGUGACAUCAUUGAAGCGAUUGCGGAGGUUAUCAAGCUAACUGAUCCUUCACUGCUCUAUCUGGAAGUUUCAACUUUAGUCAGUAAAUACCCAGAUAUCAGGGAUGACCAUAUUGCAGCUUUGCUGACAGUGAGAGGCGAUGCCAGCAGAGACAUGAAGCAGACUAUCAUUGAGACUUUGGAUCAAGGUUCAAGCCAACCAAAUCCAAACUAUGUGCCAAUUUUUAAAGAAAUUAUAGUUCCUACUCUAACGGUGCCAAAACUUCUUAAGUAAAUGACAAUUCUGUGUUUGUGUGUCAUCACCGGUCUGGGAUCAACAGGUUUGAAAUAUCUGAGAGCAAAUUUGGCAAUGCUAUUUUGAGUAAAGUUCAGUAUACACUGAUACUUGCUAGGCAUGUUUCUUUCUAAAGACUGGGAUGUGGGAAAACAUAAUCAGAUUUCUGAAAGAAGAUGGAUAUAAAGGUCAUGUUUGAAGAAUAAAGCUUCUAAUGGCCAAGGGGCUUUUUACUGACCCAUUUGUUACAGCCAUUUUUGCUGUCAGCAAAUACAUUUUUCUUGUGGAAUAUGUUUGCACAGUGCACUGCAGUGCUGCAUAAAGAUACUUGUACCAAAACCAACAGAGAGCUGUAUUAGUGCUGGGUAUACUAACAUACACAAUACCUAAGCAGACUCCUUUAGAAGCGUCUUUAUAUGGCACUUCAUUGAGCAUUAUAUUAACAUCCUCAAUCCACUUUCACAUUAUACUUUGUGUAUGUACUUACUUUGGUGUAAAAUAGUUUAUUGCAGAAAACUUAAUUAUGAAGUCAGUUUCCCGACUAAGGGACUGAAUGAAAUUGCUACUGUGCAAUUUGAUUAUAGGGUGAAUAAAGACACAUGAGGUACAACUUUUUUUUUUUUUUGAUUUACUAAAAACAGCACGUAAAGCACUACCAGUUCAAUAAAACGUUAAAUCAUUGCUACCUACAGCUAUGUAUUCUUUGCAUCCUUAUAGAUUGACAGUAGAUUUAAAUCUUUCUUUUAUGUUCUUUGGUUGGUUUGAAGUGUGAAUAAACUCUGGAUUUAAUAGUUUUCUGGAAA